AUGGAUACGGAGGUGCGCGAGGCGGUGGAUUCGUUGAUGGAGACGGGUGCGACGUCUGGUAGUGUAGGAGGCGAGGCGUGGUCACGGCUGCCGCGGAAUUUGGAGCAAUUAUCGGAUCGGGAGUUUGCCGGAUUGCGCGAAGAGGGUACACGGCGGGUAUGGAAUUCAUACAAAGAGUUAUUGGGUCAUCAGAGUCAGUACUUACGGGAUCUGUGUGUGCUAGUACAUUCGCACGUGCGUAUAUGUAACGCCACAGACGCUGAACGGGUACGUCCGUCCGUUACUGGUGCAACGAAUAUCAGUCAAGUCGCUGCCAAAACGGCGAGCAUUAAUUCUCAGGCACUUCAUACAUCACGGAUCUUCCUUGAAAAAGAGAUUGCAACCCUCGUCAAGUUCGCUCGAGAACUAAGUCAAUUCGAAGCAUGCUUCAACAAUGUUCACGCACUCGAGAAAGAGGAGAAACGCCGAGCAGUAAAAAGACACGACAUUCUUAAUAGUGGCGCCCCGGUGAAAGACCGAUGCCGACUCGUUGUGAUGAUUCAGCGGUUUUUGUACUGCAUGGUGUACAACAAGCAGGGCAUUCUGACCACACAUGCCAGCGUGACUUUAUGCGAAUGCACGUUUAUGGGCGGAGUUAAAAAAAGUAUGACGGGAUAG